AUCCGCAACAGAGUCGUUGACUUAUCCGCUUUCGGCCUUCUUCCACGUCAGUGUACAACCGCCUCGAUAAACAUACUUUGCGACUGUUGAGUACGAUGGUGUCUUGUGCCACCUUAAUAUCGGUUUUGACCUUAUAUCUAGGCGUAGUGCACGCGAUACGCUUUCAUAUAAAGCCAAACACCAAGCGCUGCCUGAAGGAUGAGGUGCUCAAAGACGUCCUCGUUUCUGGCGAGUACCACGUCUCCGAGACGCCGGGUCACAAGACAGACCUGACAGUCAAGGACAGCAAUGGACACAUACUUUACAACAAGGAUGACAUCAAAGAAGGCAAGUUUGCCUUCACCACAGAUGCGUAUGAUGUGUACGAGGUGUGCUUCACCACCAAGAUGCCCAGUGAGGUGAAAGGUGGGGACCGGGAAGUCCAGCUCCAGCUCAAGCAUGGUGCAGAGGCCAAGAACUACCAAGGCCUGGCCGAAGUAGGCAAGCUGAAGCCUCUAGAGAUGAAGCUCCAACAGCUGGAGGACCUGUCGGAGGCUGUGGUGAAGGACUUUGCAUACAUGCGCCAACGGGAGGAAGAGAUGCGCGACACCAAUGAGUCAACCAACUCGCGCGUGCUGUACUUCUCCAUCUUCUCCAUGUGCUGCCUGCUUGGACUGGCCACCUGGCAAGUUCUCUACCUGAGGCGGUUCUUCAAGGCAAAGAAACUCAUUGAGUGAACAAACAGUUGGAUCUGUGAGUGUUUGUGGAGGGGGGUACACGUACAGGAGGGACAAUAAAAACACACUGCGUACACUUAGUAUGUGGAGGUCCACAGAAAACGUUUUUUUUUUUAAAUCUGCAAGAAGAAAUUGUCUCUAUUUAUAUGAAUUUUGAAAUUGUAAUAAGAGCCCCUGGGGGAAUUUGUCCUGCUCAGACUACUCUUGAGAACUGUUGCCAGCUUACAGAGUGGUGCCAGAGAAUGAUUGCCACACACCAUUCUAUAUCUCCAGUAGCGUGCAGCAUUGUAUAACUAGAGAGUUUGCAAAUGUCUAUUUGUUCCCAUGUGUGGUACUUACAUUUGCACUUGCAAGUUCUGUGGCGGUAGCAUCUCUUUGUCAGAGUGAGUGUCAUUUAGUUUGAGUGAUCUCACGAAGAGUGGGUCAAGCUGCCUCUACAACUAAAACUUGCCUAAAUAUGAAGUGAACAUUUUGGGCAUCGGGGCACAUUAAAGCAACCUGUGUGCAAGUCAAUGGGCCCACUUGUCUAUACUUGUGGACAACUUGCCGUGUUUAUUGCAUGGAAGGACAGCUAUGGGGACAGAGCAUCGGCACAUGUAUGAUAUCGUGAAGUUCUCGUGAAAAUUACUUUCACACCAUUUUUGAGUUUUCACAUCCUAGUGCACUACCAUGGCUGAAAAGCAAACCUCUUUGCAACUCUAUAUUUACUUUUUUGGUAUUGUAAUGAGUAAAAUAAAGGAACGAACGCUGAGAAACAACUUAUUACUGAGUUUUCUUGUCCUGCUGGAUACAUUGAGAUAAAAAUUGUGCAUGUAAGAACAUAUUGCUUUUUCCUGCGCAUUUUUUAUAUUGCAGCGUUUGUGCCUUCCCUGCUUGAACGUGGUAAACAUUUCAACACAGGCAUAAGAAUAUACACUUCAUUGCUCAGAUAUUGUAAUCAAUAGAAACUGCAUCAAUAGUCUGUUCAGAGCACUACUCGCGGCAUAGAAACAGGGGCAAGGUAAUUUUUUUAGUGAAGGUGCCAGGUGGCCCUAUAUUUGCUGUUGCUAUUAGUUCUGCCUGUGUAUAGAUGUGUUGUCUCUGCAAAUGCAGUAGUUAAACCAUGUGAAAUGAAAUUUUGUGCACAUUAACAAUCAAAUUUUCAACGAUAGGCAGGUGUGUCCUCACGCAUGUGCAUUGGGUCUGUAGCUUUGGCUUGCAUGGCCACAGAAGGUUGUCCAUGAGUAUUGCAGUGGCUAGUUCUGUGCAGUUGAGUAGCACCUUAAUGAGCAGGCCUGGCCUGUGGCCUGAUCUUGUUUAGUUAGUGCACAAAGCCACUGCUGCAUGCUGCCUUUCUCAGCCUAGUGAGCCAUGGCUGCAGUUUACACAGUGCAUUAUAAUCAUUUAGGGUCAGACAUAAUCAGUGCUAACCAUCCAGUUGCAAUUCUUUGCAUACUUAUGGUUGUGUCUUUUGGAUAUUAUGCUGCUCUCCUCGUGUCAUCUAUUUGUUUAGCAGCACUUAUUUAUUUAAUGUACUGUGAAUCAUGAAUAAAUUUUUACACAAGCCCUACAAAUUGAAGAUUGCAAACUUCACAGAAGUACACAUGGCAGCAGUCUGAAACAUACUGACUCUGAGAUCUGAGACAAAAUAAACAGGUUUCAAACACAUUGUGUUGCUGUUAACAUUCAUCUUGCAAACUCAAUAAAAUUUUCAUUAUAUGGA